UCGGAAAACUCAUUCCUGCUAUGGGCUGAUGGAAUUUGCAUCAGUCAAGAUAAUAAUGAAGAGAAGGGACUUCAAGUCAAAUUAAUGGGGAAAAUCUAUGACAGUGCAAUGAACACUAUCAUCUACCUUGGCCCGACAUAUGAUGAAAUUAAUGAAUGUCAGUGUUUGAGAUUAGCGAGACAAGAACAAACCCCAUCGAAAGCCCAGUUGUGUUUGAUCCUCAAUAAAGAAUGGUUCACUAGAGUCUAG